GGGUCAAGGGAGUCCUUCUUGGGCUCCUCCUCCUCCUCCUCCUCUUCUUCUUCCUCCUCUUCCUCGCAGGCGCGGCUGCGCCGGAUCCCGGGCGGAUGGAGGAGCCUUCCUUGAAGCCUCCAAAAGGGGGCCACCCCCCAGGUUCGGCUCCGAAGGAUGGGCAGGAUGCGAUGACGGUGCAGCAUAUGUGCGUUUUUUAAGGAAUUCAGAAAUAGCAGCCGUGGAAGCCUUCGGUUAGACUGAGAUUCAAAUCCGUGGGCGUCUUAACACAUGGAGCCGGCUAAAGAAGUUCCCAAGCCGGAGCGUCCAACGCCGCUGUUUGUCCCUUUGCAAAGCCUGGUGGAAGGGCCCCCCAGCCCCACCGAGGAGGAGGAGGAAGAAGAGGGAGGAGGAAGAGGAGGAGGAGGAGGGAUCCCCAUCCCGUCAUCGGGGCUCCUGCAAGUCGUGGAGCGAAGGCAACCGCUGAGCAGCGUCUCCUCCUUGGAGGUCCAUUUUGACCUGCUGGACCUGACGGAGUUGACUGACAUGUCGGACCAAGAAUUGGCCGAAGUCUUCGCCGACUCGGACGAGGAGAACGCCCCCAAUGAGCCCCAUCCUGGGCUGCACCCGCACUCGCACCCCAACGCCCGCUCCGGAUACCUGCGCUCGCCUUCCUGGACCCGGACCAAAGGCGAACAAGGCCGGGAGAAGAAGCGGCUCAGCGACCCGGAGCUCCCGGCAGGCAAAACAGCGGACUCCUUCCUGGCCCUGGAGAAGCCGGCACAAGAAUAGCCAGACUGAGGUGCCAACAGCCUUCCCUCUUGCACUGCGCCAAGGGUAUCCAUUUGUCCGUCCAUUUGUCCAUCCCAGCCGCAGACCGAGGAUCCUGUCCGUUGUCCAGAGACAGCCUCACUCCCUCACGAAAUGUAUCAUCCUUCCAAUGUUGGCAAAGAUGGGAGCAGCCUCGUUUUUGAUCCUUUUCUGCACUUUCGAGCCUUUCUAUGUGAAUAAUAUGGGGGUAAAAGACUACGGACAAUGUUAGAAAUGGAGAUGAGCACCAACCCCCAGAGUGUGAGUAGAUCAAUAGGUACCGCUCCGGCGGGAAGGUAACGGCGCUCCAUGCAGUCAUGCCAGUGGCCACAUGAUCUUGGAGGUGUCUACGGACAACACCGGCUCUUCGGCUUAGAAAUGGAGAUGAGCACCAACCCCCAGAGUGUGAGUAGAUCAAUAGGUACCGCUCCGGCGGGAAGGUAACGGCACUCCAUGCAGUCAUGCCAGUGGCCACAUGAUCUUGGAGGUGUCUAUGGACAAUGCCGGCUCUUCGGCUUAGAAAUGGAGAUGAGCACCAACCCCCAGAGUGUGAGUAGAUCAAUAGGUACCGCUUCGGUGGGAAGGUAACGGCACUCCAUGCAGUCAUGCCAGUGGCCACAUGAUCUUGGAGGUGUCUAUGGACAAUGCCGGCUCUUCGGCUUAGAAAUGGAGAUGAGCACCAACCCCCAGAGUCAGACACGACUGGACUUAACGUCAGGGGAAAACUUUACCUACUAAAAGCAGACACUUGGCCCGGGAAGGAGAUAUGCUUUAAUCCGGAGCAAUAUCGGAGUCGCUCUUAUCAGCCGAGUGCCUUGAAAACUGAAAGAGGAGAAUGCAGCAAAAGUAUAGACUCCCUACAAAAGAGACGGAAGAUAUCAGAAAUUUCCUUGCCUCCUCCUUCAUACUUUUGCUUGGCUGUCUCAUCGUACCAAAGGAACCAGGAGGAAGACUUAAAAGCACUGUUUCUUUGGGUUGGAUCCCGCACUUGUGUCUCUCAAAAAGCACAUCCUCUUCUUCCCAGUGGCCUUAACUUCUCGCUUUCUGCUCCAGGAACUCUGCACACGCUGCUAGCCUUCAAGCAACACUAUCAUCUACAUUAGGUUGGAUCCAUGCUGGCCUGAAUAAAUCCCCAUUUUGGCGAACGUGGCCUCCAGAAGCCCAGUUUCCCAAUGGCAUGGAGAUGGCAAGCCAUGCCAUAGGCAGCUCUAGUUCUCCCAUAAUGUUUUCCAGCGGAGAGUGAAGGUAGGACUAAACAGGGAUGCUAUCAAUUGGAACAAAACUUGGCCAUUCAACCAACGCAAGAGCAAGAGGCAAGUCAUUUAUUCGCUGCUGCUCUGGGAUCAAGAAGGUGGACAAUUGGAGGAUGUCCAAAAAAGGUCUUUUCCUUCCUCUAAAGUCCCCAUCCCUCCCAUUUUUAUGCAUCACACCACACAGAGAUAUCUACAGGCCACAUCACAGUCAGUUCUGGUGAUUGCCAUUUUGGAACUGGCCUCAAGAUGAUACGGAAACAGCCCUUCGCUGCCCCAUUUCUCUUCCUCUCCUCAGUUUGUUUUGCCUUUAAAACUAGAUGGUCUGGUCGCUCACUGUGCUUCUGCUGAAGGAGAACUGGAGACGGUGGGGCUGGCGAUGGAGGGUCUCAUUCGGGAUGCCGUCAUCAGCCAAAUCCUCGAACUAGGGACCCAUACUGACCUCCCCUGUAAUACUGACCACAAACAAAUAAUAGCACUGUUCAACCCCUUUGACGAGAGCUAUGAAUCCUGUCCCAUUUGCUUGUGGUGGUGAUGGAGAACUAUCUUAAUUUGCAGCAAAAGUUGGGUGUCUUGUGCCAAAUUGACCAGAGGUGUUUGCCACCAGUUUGUUCUGCAUCUCCUUCUUUGGAGGUUUUCAAACUGAAGCAGGAUGGCCAUCUGUCAGGAGUGCUUUGAUUGUGUCUUCCUGUCUGGCAGGAGGGGUUGGAAUGGAUGGCCUUUGGAGAUUCCUUCCAAGUACUGGGACUGUGGUGGAGCUGCUGUCUCUAGAGGUCUUUUGAGGCCAGAUGACCAUCUGUCGGGAGUGCUUUGAUUGUGUCUUACUCCAUCACAAAGUGGGGUUGGCCUGGAUGGCCUUUGGGGAUUCUUUUCCAAGUGCUGGGACUGUGGUGGAGUCUCCAUCUCUGGCUUUUGAGGACAUAUGGCCAUCUGUCAGGAGUGCUUUGAUUGUCUUACUGCAUCACAAAGUGGGGUUGGCCUGGAUGACCUUUGGGAGCCCCUUCCAACUCUAUGACUGAUGCUUCCUAUCCUUUCUUUGUCAUCUCUGUCACUCAGCAAUUUCCCUCCUUGGAAAUACCAUUGGCAUCUUUGAGAUGAUAGAGGGAUGAAGAAGGGCAGAUUUUUCCUCUUCUCCCCUUUAUGUUCCCCAGCACUUCCUUUUUGGGGCUCCCACCAUUGCUUGUCCUGGAGAUCACAUCCUAUUACGACUGAAGCACAUUUUGCACAACUAAUGCCACGUGUCACAGGCGGAGAGAUAAGCAUCUGCUGAUCGGGAUGCAAAUCCAUUAGAGCCACCAGCUGGAGUAGAAAUGGGAUCGCAACACCCAGAUGACACUUGAGCCAUUUGCAGAAAGGGAAAAGGAGCCGGGCGUGAAGGACAGCUGCUUCCCGAAUGAAACUUUCCCAAAAUGCAGCUGUUUGCAGGGAUCCUGUCUAGUGCCACUUCCUCACGGUUUGGUUGUCGCUCAGAUGUCGAAAAGCCACUCAUCGCAAACCCUUUGGGCUUCAGGCAGAAGAAACCGCAGGGACGUUUUGCUCACAGUCCCGAUUACCGAAGCGAGAAGAGAAGAACAGGUCAUAGCUCCAAACGUGAGACGUCCUUCCCUGGUGCAUUGCCUUCCUCUCCCUCAUCUCUGCAAAAAAGAAAUUCCAGAAGAACACAGAUUCCCAGGUGGAGAGAAAGCUCUCCUCCAGGUACAUCAGAUGUCAUGUUUCCAGACUUUUGAGACAUCAGGUUUCCAGACAUUUGCAGCUUGGAGAGGGAUUGGUCUUUCUGCCAAAGCACAAUCCCCAAUGUAUACCUUUGGGCACAAAGGCAGAGCCACUUUCUCAAAUACCUUACGUGCAUAUUUCACAGAGACCACGAUGGAGAUCAGCAUAAAGAAAUUAUUAAUGGCAUUCUCCACUCUUAUAUAAGAGGGACUCAAAUGAGGUAGGAAUAAGGACUUCUCGGUGCCAAAGCAAGGACAUUACUUUUUGUAGGCUAAGAAGGACUAGGAGCCAUCUAUCUACGAGUGCCAUGGCUGCGUUGCCCAGAACAGGAUGCUUCUCAGGGCGGAAAUUGCUGCUCCUUCCUCUGUCGCGCUCAGUGCACCCCUGAACUGUAUUUAUCUGGGUGCAGACGGACUUUUCCUAAGUGAAGAGAGAGAUGAGGAAGGAGCCUGGCCACAGAAAACUGUGCUGCUAUCCCUUUGGAAACAGAUGUCCAAAACGGCGCCAAUAAAGCUCUGGGAAAACGUAAAUUUGUGUGACCGUUUGGCUAGAAAGGUUCCUCUCUUGCUCAGGAUAUGGGUCUGGGCUAGUUCUGCAAGGGACGAGGAGGCCAAUUGGUAACCAUUUCUAAUCCUGAGCACACAAACCCAACUUUGCCACAACCUUUUCUUUGCAAACACAUAUUACAAAUCUGGGGUUGGUCUAGACCAGGCAUGAGCCAACUUUGGCCUUCCUCCAGGUGUUUUGGACUUUAACUCCCAUAAUUGUGAGAAUUGUGGAAGUCCAAAACACUUGUAGGAAGGUCGAAAUUGGCCCAUGCCUGGUCUAAACCUUUCCGAUAUCAUUCUGAAAUGAGUACAAUUUGGACAUCCCUGCUACCUUUGAAGAAGUAUCUACAGUAGAGUCUCACUUAUCCAAAAUAAACGGGCAGGCAGAAUGUUGGAUAAACAAAUACGUUGGAUAAUAAGGAGGGAUUAGGGAAAAGCCUAUUAAACAUCAAAUUAGGUUAUGAUUAGGAGCAGUGUGUUAAAGUGCUGAGCUGCUGAACCUGCAGACCGAAAGGUCCCAGGUUCAAAUCCGGGGAGCGAAGUGAGCGCCCGCUGUUGCUCCAGCUUCUGCCAACCUAGCAGUUCGAAAACAUGCCAAUGUGAGUAGAUCAAUAGGUACUGCUCCGGCGGGAAGGUAACAGUGCUCCAUGCAGUCAUGCCGGCCACAUGAUCUUGGAGGUGUCUACGGACAACCCCGGCUCUUUGUCUUAGAAAUGGAGAUGAGCACCAACCCCCAGAGUCAGACAUGACUGGACGUAACAUCAGGGGAAACCUUUACCUUUUUACUAGGUUAUGAUUUUACAAAUUAAGCAGCAAAUCAUCAUGUUAUACAACAAAUUUGACAGAAAAAGUAGUUCAAUACGCAGUAAUGCUAUGUAGUAAUUACUGUAUUUACAAAUUUAGCACCAAAAUAUCACGAUGUAUUGAAAACAUUGACUACAAAAAUGCAUUGGAUAAUCCAGAACUUUGGAUAAGCGAGUGUGGGAUAAAUGAGACUCUACUGUACUUAUAUAAAUCUGCCUUCAAGGAAGAGUGCUCCUGCUCCUCAAAGGCAGAAGUGGUAAAAGUUUUUGGAAGUUUCCAAAUCCUGCUGAUGGGACUCUGAAUUGGUUUGGCAUCUCUUAUCUGAAAUGUUGGGGAAGUGUUCCAUGUUUUGGAAUACCUUUAUUUACAUGUGUAUAAUGAAAUAUAUAUAGCCAGAUAUCUUUGAAGGAGGAGGCUGGGGACUUCCUUCUCAUUCAUCUCUCAGAUCAGUCUCGCUUCAGCCUUGCAUUUUGGAAUACCGUAUAUACUCGAGUAUAAGCCAAGUUUUUCAAUCCUUAUACUUGAAUGAGGGUCCUGACCAACUUAUAUUCGGGUUGGCUUAUACUAGAGCAGCCUGUUAAAGCAUUGAGCCGCUGAACCUGCAGACCGAAAGGUCGCAGGUUCGAAUCCGGGGAUCAGGGUGAGCUCCCGCUGUUAGCCCCAGCUUCUGCCAACCUAGCAGUUCGAAAACAUGCAAAUGUGAGUAGAUCAAUAGGUACCGCUCCGUUGGGAAAGUAGCAAUGCUCCAUGCAGUCAUGCCAGUGGCCACAUGACCUUGGAGGUGUCUACGGACAACACCGGCUCUUCAGCUUAGAAACUGAAUGAGCACCAACCCCCAGAGUCGGACACGACUAGGCUUAACAUCAGGGGAAACCUUUACCUUUACUUUACCCUAUGCUAGAGUGUAUAGGUAAUUUAUUUAAAUCACUUAUUUAAUCAGAAUUGGACAGUCUUAUCUUAUUAAAGUCUUAUUAUCUUAAAUUAGUUUUAUGUAAAUAUUCAAAAACAUUGAACCUACUGAUGCCUCAAUUAAUGGCAUUUUAUUGCUAUCUAUUUUUAUUUUUGAAAUUUAUCAGUAGCUGCUGCAUUUCUCACCCUGGUCUUAUACUUGAGUCAAUAGGUUUUCUCAGUUUUUUUCUGUUAAAAUUAGGUGCCUCGGCUUAUAUUCGGGUUGGCUUAUACUCAAGUAUAUACGGUACUUGUAUAGAUGAGAUAUAUAGCCAAAUACCUUCACAGAUAAAGAGAGACUGAUUGCAUUAUGCAACAUGAUUUUUGUUCCUGGGUUACAAAUGACAUUUCCUAAUUGGUUCUAUAACAAAAACAUGGAAAAGGUGUAUUAAACUCUGUUCUUGCAUGACA